CAGUAAAACUCUACAUAUGUACUAAUGUUUGUGACAGUUAAUAAAACAUUGAGAUAGGAAUGAAAGGAGAAUAGGACAGAAAGGACUGAAAAGUGUUAAAACAUUUCUAAAUAUGGAAUAUUUUGAUUUAGUGUAAUACGUUCGUGUCGUGUGUCAGGUUAGGUCGAAGUUGACUGCCGUAUCUCUAGCACUAACCUGGCUAGGUGCAAUUUAACAUUUCGGUGGUGAUAACAAGUGUCAAGAUUCAUUUCCCGCUGAUGUCAUACGGCAGCGAGACGCCGCACGUCUGGACCAGCUCAGGCAGUGAGGUGUCGCCGUACGGGCCGCUGUGGGAGGCGCCUCCGGCCUCCGUGCCCUACCCCGACAUCCUGGCCUUUCCUCCGGCCGACCUAGUAUGGUCUGCGGGUGGGUGCGGCGCGCGCGGUGGGUUGCGCGCGGCGGCGGGCGGCAAGAAGCCCCGCCGGCGCGUGGCCUCGGUGGCGCAGCGCCGCGCCGCCAACAUCCGCGAGCGCCGCCGCAUGUUCAACCUCAAUGAGGCCUUCGAUAAGCUGAGAAGAAAGGUGCCGACGUUUGCUUACGAGAAGCGGCUGUCGCGUAUCGAGACGCUACGUUUGGCAAUCACCUACAUCGGCUUCAUGUGCGAGUUGCUGCACGGGUCACCCUCGCCGGCACCAGGCCAGGGGCCACACCACGCGCUGCAUCACCACAGGCAUGUUUUUGACGCCGAAGUUCCGUGGUGCGCAUAGGUUAAAAAAAUCUUAUACCCCCUAUACACUGACAACAUGCAAAUAGCAUCGGGAAAAUAUCUACAAAACUGUUAUCAUGUGCAUUAACGUCACUUGUAGCGUACAGGAAGCUUAGUUUUAAUGCUAAGGGAAUCUUAUCUUAUAACGUGUACGACCUAUGAUUUUCUAAUCGUUUUUGUUAACCUUUUAAGAGGCAAUAAGACAAUUGCACUGUGAAUCUUAACUCUAUGGAUUACUAAUGUUUAUCGCAUUGUUUCCUAAUAAAAUUUUCACUUAAAAGAACAUAAGAUGUAGUGUUAGUACGGAUAGUACGGAUACAUCAUAGCGGAUUCAACUACGCUACAAAUAUACGAGUACUGUAUAUUACUGUGUAUCUGUGGCUUAGAUAAGCGUACACAUAGUACACAUAGUACACAUAGUACGCAAGAAACAAGCACAUACUUUGAGUAUGAGAUUUAAGUUGGUAUAAAACACGCGGUUAUCAUAAAUUAGCCUUUUAAUAUUGUGUUUAUGUAAUGUAGUUUUACUUAACAGUAGUAAAUAUGUAUAAAAUGUCUUCCAUU